GACACAGGAGAUAUCACAGCCAAGCACCGACGAGACCAGCUCCUAUCCCGUUGCAAACCAGUUCACGUUGAUUUUUCUUUUGGAAAUAAUACAGUAAUUAAAGAAUAUACAGUGCAUGAAUUGAACAAAGUAACAAAUAAUACGCAGAGAAGGAAGAAGAAUGGGGCAGAAUACGCUAUUAAUAUUGAUGACUUUAUUGUCUUAUUGCGUCUGGAGUGAUGAGGGUCGUGGGUAGUGCUGGAGCCUAUCCCAGCUGUCUCGGGCUGAGGGCAAAGAAACACCCUGGACAAGUGGCCAGUCCAUCACAGGACAACACAAACAGACAUACACAUUCACACUCUCACUCACACCUAUGGGCAAUUUAGGGUCUCCAAUUAACUUAGCCUGCGUGUCUUUUUGGACUGUGGGGGGAACCGGAGCACCCAGAGGAAACCCACGUGAACACAGGGAGAACAUGCAAACUCCACACAGAAAGGCCAAGUUGAGCCGGAACUCGAACCCGGGACCUUCUUGCUGUGAGGCGACAAUGCUACUUGCAAAUGCAGCUCUGGCUAUGACUGAAGUGGAUGGACCAGUUGGUGGUCCCCAUGUGGCAGAACCACAGAUUGCCAUGUUUUGUGGGCGUCAGCUUCUGCACAUGAACACUGAGACUGGACAGUGGGAACCUGAUCCUCAGGGGCGCCAGGGUUGCUUCACCCAGCCCAGCAAGAUCCUGUCAUACUGCCAGGAGAUGUAUCCAGGACUGCAGAUCUCCCAUGUGGAAGAGGCUUCAUCUCCAGCGACCGUCCCAGGCUGGUGUAAGAAAGGAUGGGGUCACUGUCAGACCCGUUCCUUUAUUGUUGUGCCCUACCGUUGUCUUGUUGGUGAAUAUGUAAGUGAGGCACUCCUGGUUCCAGAUCGUUGCCGCUUUUUGCACCAGGAGCAAAUGGACUCUUGCGAGAGCUACGUGUACUGGCACAACAUUGCCAAAGAGGCUUGCACAGCUGAUAGUCUGGAGUUGCAUAGUUAUGGGAUGCUGUUGCCAUGUGGUGACCGUUUCCGUGGAGUAGAGUAUGUGUGUUGCCCCGGCAGGGCUGGAACAACUGGACGUGGUGAGACAGAGACAACAGAUAUUGUACAAGGAGAAACACCACCUCUUGUAUCCAAGGCUGGAGAAAAAGUUACCACUAGUGUGAAAACGAUGUCCCCCACACCCAGUCCCUCCCCCGAGACUGACAUAGAGGAAGAUGAUAUGGAGGAGGAAGAGGAGGAGGUAGUGGAGGAAGAGGCAGAGGAGGAAGAGGAAGAGGAGGAGGAAGGGAAUGAAGAGGAGGCAGCUGAGGUAGAGGAAGCAGAGGAAGAGGAAGCCACCACAACAGUAAAAGACCAAGAGGAGUACGAGUACCCUAUCGAUUCUCAUUUCCAGCCCCAAGACUACAUGGACAACAUCUACUACGACAAGACUGCCAAAGCCUCCACCCAACCUCAGACACGGAUGGACAACUCAGUGCCCACUCCUCGUCCUACAGAUGGCGUGGAUGUUUACUUUGAGAUGCCGGGUGAUGACAGUGAACAUGCCAACUUCCUCCGUGCAAAAAUGGACCUGGAGGAGCGGCGAAUGAAACGCAUCAAUGAGAUCAUGAAGGAGUGGGCAGAAGCAGACAACCAGUCAAAGAACCUGCCCAAGUCAGACCGCCAAGCAUUGAAUGAGCACUUCCAGUCUGUUUUACAGACUCUUGAGGAGCAAGUAGCUGGUGAGAGGCAGAGGUUGGUAGAGACACACCUGGCUCGUGUGGUCGCCACUUUGAAUAAUAACCGUAGACUGGCCCUGGAGAGCUACCUGAGUGCUGUGCAGAGCGACCCACCACAGCCGGACCGUGUGCUUCAGGCUCUGAAGCGUUAUAUGGCCGCAGAGCAGAAGGACCGAAGACACACUCUGCGUCAUUACCAACACAUCGAGUCUGCCGACCCGCAAAAAGCUGAGCAGAUGAAAUUUCAGGUGUACACUCACCUGCAUGUGAUCGAGGAGAGGAUGAACCAAAGCCUUGCUCUGCUCUAUAAGGUCCCCGGCCUGGCUGAGAAACUUCACGAUGAAAUCCAGGAGUUAGUGAGAACAGAAAGGGGGGACAUUAGUGAACUCAUGACCACUUCCUUCUCUGAGACACGCACCACUGAGGAGCUUCUUCCUGCUGAGAGUGAGGAAGAGAGAGAUGAUGAAGAGGAAGAGGACAGAGCCUUCCAGAACCGUCCAUACCCUCCACGCAUCGACCCCCAACCCAGCGACAAGAAAGUUUCUUUAGUAGAUGAGUACGACUACACCACAUCUGAGAGAGGACCAACUUAUGAGUAUGAGGAAAAGAUCAACACCUCUGUAGAACUGAAGCAGGUGGUCUACAAGUCUCCAGGAAUCCAGAGAGAUGAGCUGCAGCCAGAUGUUUUAGAGACAUUUAACCGUGGUGCGAUGGUGGGACUGCUGGUGGUUGCUGUGGCCAUCGCCAUGGUGAUGGCUAUCAGCUUGUUGCUAGUCCGCCGUAAGCCAUAUGGAACCAUCAGCCAUGGUAUAGUAGAGCAGGUUGACCCCAUGCUGACCCCAGAGGAAAGACAGCUCAAUAAGAUGCAGAAUCACGGCUAUGAAAACCCCACUUACAAAUUCUUUGAGCAAAUGAACUGAGGAGUAGUCUUCAGUGACAAGGCCAUGCCCUCCCCCUUGCCUCCUGUUUUUGAUCUGGGUUUCAAUGGCAACCCCAUCUCCCUUAUACUGUAUGUAUGUCUAUAUGACCGAUGUUAAUGUACAACAAACCCGGCACGUGAAUAGGGAGUUUGUAGUAAAACGUUUGCAUACUACUCUCUCGUCAGGUGAGAAAACUAAUAAACAGAAUCCGCAGAACAUAGAAAGCUCUCUCAUCCCCGGUUUUUGCUUUCGUUUGUGAGGGUGUGGCCACGGCAAGCAUGUUGGGUGUCCUUAAAUGCCAUUUAAAAUCUUGGAAAGGUGCCCCACAUGAUUUCCAUAUGAAUUGUGGGUUCAAAGAAGCUAAACCUGUUCUAGACUGGUUUGUUCUAUUGUUUCUAUUUUCAAAGCAGAGUUAAUUUCAUGGUGAAACUGUGAUAUGGAUGAAAUAAUAUAUUUUUGAGUUCGCUAGGCCCUCCUAGACAAACUAAUUAUAGACUUAACUCAUUUUCAAGACUUCAGACUGAUAAAAGAACAAAGUUUGUAUUCAUAGAUAACCAUCUGACAUUCUGGUAGAUCAUUAGUCUCCAUCACACAAUAAGAAAUGUCUAUCUGAAUCAGUGUUUUUAAAUGUACCACAUACUACCCAAAAAGCGUAGAAAUAUUUUCUAUCAUUACUUCUUUAAAAGUAAAUUCUAAGUAAUCUGAAGUCCAUAAACGUAAAGAAAAAGCAUGCAAAAUUUGGUGUAUGAUGCUAUAACGUACUUGUGUUGGUCCUGUUUCUUGCUUUUUGAUAAAAAUGAAAAAAUCACAGUGCAACAAUGACGUGUACAUAACUGAAGACGUAACUAAAAUAGACGUUUCUAUCAUUAAUUUGUAUCGAUGCAAUGUGUGGACGUAAAGAUGAGCUUGUGCUGCUCACACCGAAAGAGAAACAUUUCCUAACAUGGCUGAAUGAAAACAGACUGUUGAAUAAACCAGCACAAGAAAAUGACACAAUAACUUCUGACUGAAUGUAUCUUAGGUAGACAUAGACUCCAUCCGCGUUCCUCCUAACACACCACAGCGUUUUCUAGAAUGCAGUUAGAGCAUAGGUUAGUUAGCUUUGCUAAGCACUCAGUUUUCAUAUAGUAGUUCAUCGCAGUUGAUUUACAUUUAGAGAGAGUUUGUGUUACAUGACGGAUACUAGUUUAUUGUCAUGUCUAAAAAGUGGUAUGCUUGGUACAACUUGAAUGACAAGUUCUGGUUCAAAGCCUGGUUUAAUUUGCUGUACUCAAAGGUCAUUCACUCCUAAAAAAACAUCAUACGUUUGUUUUUAAUAUUAGAGGGUUGUUGAGUUGUCUGUCUAAUAUAUUUUUAGUAUGAUAGAAAUUUUGGGUGUCUGUCUCGGUGACAAUAACAUAAAUGCAACAAUUUUACCGUUAGCUUGUUGUAGAGAGAACAUUUGUUGCUCUGAAUCUUUUUGUUAAAAGGAAGAAUACAUUUUUGAGGAGAACACAGUAUCAUUCUCUGUUAUAUUACAUGACAUAUCAGUAAAAGUGAAACCAAAAUGUGGUCCCAGUACGUUUUAAUGUUUUUUUUUUUUUUUUCAUAACUUCAAAUCAAAACAACACUUUUAUAUAAACCAAUCUCUAACCAUUCCAUCCUGUGAAAUCUUAGCACAUAUUUAUUUUAGUUCAUAAAUAUACUGUUUUGUUUUUUUGUUUUUCUGAUGUAUGAGACACUAACAAUUAUGGCAUGUUUUUUGUAUUUGGUUACAUUGCCUUUUUGUUUUCCUUUUUUCCUUUUGGAACACAUGGGAAUGCCCAAGGUACUCACUACAUUGUUGGACAAUAACCCACAGAAUACAUCUGUUAAUUUAUUCUGAAAUUACCACAUUUCUGUAUCAUGUUAUUAGAUGGAAUCUUCUUGAGGCAUACUGUACAGUACGUAUAAGGCAUGUAUUAUAACAGGUUGGACUGGCCUAAUUCGACACAUGGCACCAUAUGCUCAUGACACUUACAGUAAAACAAAAAAGUGAUGGUAUAGUGGCCUGGUUUCAGUUGACCUGCUAUUGUUUUGAUCGCUCUGCGACGAGUAUUUAUGAAUUGUGAUGAGUUUCAAGCUUCCAUUGAUGUGGAUUGAUGCCCUAAUUUAGGACUUUUUAUGUAAGGUGUUACCAAGAUUUCUUAUCAGCAUCAGGAAGAUUUAGGACAGUGUAUUCUGUAGGGAUAAAAUUUAAGUUUGUAUGUAUAUAUUCUUUUGGCUGAGAUGACCCCCUCCUCUAUAUGGCAACCCCUCCCUCUCUUAUCCUAAACCAAUAGAAAUGUAAACAAAGUUACGGAUGUUUUAACUGCUGCAUUAUUGCCUUUUUCAAUGCUGUGUUUUGGAUGUAAAUUAUAUGUAUUUUUUAUUUAAGUCAAUAUUAAUUGGAGUUUGGGUCAUUCUGUAGAUUUGGAGUAUCCUGCAUUGGAUUGUAAACAUUGAAUGGGUCUGAUUAACAUCAUGCUUUAAAAUUAAACCAACUAUUUAUCUGGGGUGUGAAACCAAGCACAACUGUAUCCAAAUUGAUUCAUUCUAGUCCAUUCUAGAGGUCAUCGUUUUUUUGUUUUUUGUUUUUUUUGUUUUUUUUUAUUAUAUUUUCUUUUUUUUAUGUCUUGCCGAAUUAAGAAUAAAUAAAGUGAAAGCCAAUAAGAUGGGAACACAUUUAGCCAAGAUCUAUUCUGGAAUGUUUUUAACAUCCAAUAUGCCCCAAUGUUAUCUUACAAAUGAUAAAUAGCAUAUUAAAAUAUUCAAGGUUCAGCUUAAUAAUGUAAAUGUCAUUUUGGAAAUUUGGUAAACUGGUGCUUCAAAGGCUUUCACAGAAUUGGUCUGUGUUUCAGAUGUCAUUAAAAUACCGAAACCAAUGCAGAGAAAUAAGCUGAUUGCUAAUAAAUCUGAAUUUCACCAAAGACAUGUUCUGGACAUGAUUGGAAGGUUAAACAAUGUGUCAUGUUUUAAUUAAAUCAAUUGACAUGGAUUGAAAGAGCAAGCAAUCUGUGAACUGAUCUGGCUUGUUGUACUUGCAUUAAAAUGAUAAUAAAAUUAUAAAUGACCCACAGAA